AGGGCGAGCUGGGCCCGCCUCGGCCGCCGCCGCCGCCGCCGCCGCCGCCGCCGCCGCCGCCGCCAGGGAAUAAUCUGGGCGGCAGCGGGCGGCCCCCGCUAGCGGCCACGAGCCACUUCUGCGGGUGCCGGGAGGAGCUAAGGCUGCGGGUCUCGAGUCGUCCCCCUCUCCGCCCCCCCGGAGGGGCGUGAGGGAGCCGCGGCUGAUGUCAGGAAAUUUUAUAGGAUAGCUGAGUGGGACAUAUAUACUCUUCACCCAUGAAGGCCUACCUUUCUGAACCUUAGAAUGCAGUUAAGAUAGAGCAAAGGAAAAAUACACUUUCGGGAAAUGGCCUCUAAAUCUUGGGUGAAUUUUUUAACCUUCCUUUGUGGAUCAGCAAUUGGAUUUGUUUUAUGUUCUCAGCUAUUUAGUAUUUUGUUGGGAGAACAGAGUGAUACCCAGCCCAAUAUUCUUCAUAAUGAUCCUCAUGCUAGGCAUUCAGAUGAUAAUGGACAGAAUCAUCUAGAAGGACAGAUGAACUUCAAUGCAGAUUCUAGCCAACAUAAAGAUGAGAACACAGACAUCGCUGAAAACCUCUAUCAGAAGGUUAAAAUUCUUUGCUGGGUUAUGACAGGGCCUCAAAAUCUAGAGAAAAAGGCCAAACACGUCAAAGCUACAUGGGCCCAGCGUUGUAAUAAAGUGUUAUUUAUGAGUUCCGAAGAAAAUAAAGACUUCCCUGCUGUGGGAUUAAAAACCAGAGAAGGCAGAGACCAACUGUACUGGAAAACAAUUAAAGCUUUUCAGUAUGUUCAUGAUCAUUAUUUAGAAGAUGCUGAUUGGUUUAUGAAAGCAGAUGACGAUACGUAUGUUAUACUAGAUAAUUUAAGAUGGCUUCUCUCAAAAUACAACCCUGAAGAACCCAUUUACUUUGGGAGAAGAUUUAAGCCCUAUGUAAGACAGGGCUACAUGAGUGGAGGAGCAGGAUAUGUACUGAGCAAAGAAGCCUUGAGGAGAUUUGUUGAUGCAUUUAAAACAGACAAAUGUACACACAGUUCCUCCAUUGAAGACUUAGCUUUGGGGAGAUGCAUGGAAAUUAUAAAUGUAGAAGCAGGAGACUCCAGAGAUACCACUGGAAAAGAAACUUUUCAUCCUUUUGUACCAGAACACCACUUAAUCAAGGGUUAUCUACCUAGAACCUUUUGGUACUGGAAUUAUAACUAUUAUCCUCCUGUAGAGGGUCCUGGUUGCUGUUCUGAUCUCGCAGUUUCAUUUCACUAUGUUGAUCCUACAACUAUGUAUGAGUUAGAAUACCUCGUUUAUCAUCUUCGUCCAUAUGGUUAUUUAUACAGAUAUCAACCUGCCUUACCUGAGAAUAUACUAAAAGAAAAAAGUCGAGCGUACAAAAAUGAAGAUCCAAAAGUACAAUGAGAACCCUUGAAAGAAAAACAUAAAUGAAGAGGUAAAAUGUCUAACAUUGCACUGAAGAACAACUACAUUUCUGAUACAGAACACUGGAAUCCCAGUGAGGAAUUCUUCCUAAGUGAAUAUUCCAUAUUAGAGAAAUCUUUCAUAUGAAUGACUGUAAACUGAAGCUUUAAGUGAGCUGUGAAGUCUGUUAAAAUGUGUUUUGAUACAUAUAUAUAUAUGUGUGUGUGUGUGUGUG